CAGCGCCUGAAUGCAGCAGCACACCUUCGCUUUAUUUAGUUCAUCUUUGCACGGUACAGAAUCGUCAAAAUGAAAGGCUCCUGCAGACAGCAAACGUGCUAUAAAAAGUGCUGCUCCUCUCCAGGGAACGAGGCCGAACUCUGCACAGAGCAGAGAGACGUGGCGGUGGGAUGGCGACAUGCAGGCCAAGGGCCCUCUGGAAGAGCCACGGCCGCAGGCACAGGGUCUGGCUCAGCCGAACCCAGCUUUGAGCCAAAAAAAGGGAAAAUUAGUGCAGCGUGCAAUGCCUCUGGGGUGGCCUGCGGAUGCAGACCAUGUCCGUGGGAGGGCAGGGGCGCGCAGGAGGUGGCCAGGAAGAGGAAACGCCGGUUCAGCCGCCCUUCGCUGCGCCACGAAGCGUUGAGGGAACCCCUAAGCGAAAAACAAAAAGCUUAAAAAUCGCCAUUACGGGGCCGGUUCGCAGGGCAGGUCAGUUGGGGUGGGGGGGCGGAGCGGUGCACGCCGGGACUUGUAGUCCUCGAGCGGCCUCUCUGCCCCACGUGAUCGGCGCCGAGCCAAUCGCAGCGGCGCGGCGUCGCCGCGGCAACGCGCGGUACACAAGAUGGCGGCGGGCGCCGCGGGCCCGGGCUUCGCUGAGGGCGGCCCGGGGACGCCCCGCGGGGCCCCUGCAGGUAGCGGGGACAGCGGGGACAGGGCCCAGCCGGGCCUGGCGCAGCUGUGUGUGACUCUGCCUUUCCUCGCUCCAGCAGGGCAGGGUGGCUGUGCGGGACUCACCUGCUGCCAGCCCAGCGCUGUGCUCCGCUCCCGUUUCCACCUCUUUGCUCCCAGGCGGCCAACGCAGAGCGCGCCCCGGGGAUCUGAACUGCUGCUGCUCGAGGCCAGGCGGAGCCGUGGGUGCGCGACCCCCCCGGCCAGAAGGCGAGCAGUUUGCACCGGGAAGGUGGGCCGGUGAGGAAAAGGGCUGCGGUUCAGGCGUGGUUGGGCAGCCUGCGCAGUCACGUUUAAAAAGUUUGCCUGUCAAGCAAACCUCCCCCCAGAUCAAUGAACUUACCCUUUGAUUCUACAUAUUCUCUCCUCAUUUUUAGAAAAAGGGCAGAGCUAAGUUGUUUGCGUCUUCUGGAGACAGCCUGUCUCCUUGGUCAAAGAACCCGGAGCAAGGCAGUCUCCCCUCCUGCUCAAGGGGGACGACACUGGGAAAGAAUACACAGGGUGAAGUCCCUCAACGAUUAGGGGGUUCUGGGCCAUCACAGCUUCUCAGUGACAGUCUCAGGUGCAGCUCCCGCUGACAUGGAACUCAUGUCAUCCAUAAUGCAAAAAAUCAGUCUGUUGGAACAAAAAAUAGAUAAACAAGCACAAGAAAUCCAACUGAAGGACAGGAGGAUUGCUGAACUUGAAGAGAAAAUGAAGACUCUUCAGAAAGGAGAAGAUGCUCCUGACUCGUCCGCAGCAGAGGACCUGGAAGUGAGGUGCCUUCAGCUGCAGACCCAGGUCUGGGAGAUGGAGCGGUUCCUAAAUGACUAUGGUCUGAUUUGGGUUGGAGAGAGGCAUGAACAGCUGGAAGAUUUACAGUCACUCAAAGAUGAAGACCUGCCAGCAAAGAGCCUCUGGAAGCCAGGUGAGGCAGUUGUUUCCAAACAUGAGAUUGAUUUUGAUUUAAUCUUGGAAAACGUGAAGGAUUUGAACAUGCUAGCUGGAGAAGGCAUUUCUCAAAUUGAGCACACGCCUCAGGGUGCCCGGCUGAGACAGCAAGAACCCCUCCCUCUUACGCUGUAUCAGAAUGGGAUCGUCAUGUUCGAUGGACCCUUUCGGUCCUACGAGGAACCAUCAGCACAGCAAUGCCUGCAGGAUAUUAUGGAUGGCUAUUUCCCUUCAGAGUUGCAGAUGCACUACCCUGAUGGCAUCCCUUUUCAGGUCACCGACAAAAGGGAUGUGGUAUUUCAGGAGGGAGACCUUCCAGGGAGUUUCCCUGGCCACGGCCAAGCUGUUGGCCAUUCAGAAUCACGCAAGGUGCAGGAAACCGACGAGAUCCCAGGUCCCAAACCCUCCUCGAAGCAGUUUCUGAACAAACUUUCUAAGUCCUCAGUCCCUGGAGGAGAAGCGAUCAACAUCCGAGACUCAGUCAGAGCAACACAGCAGGGCUCUGAUGAGAUGUGGAGCAACAGAGAGAUCUUGGUGGAGACACCCAGACUGUCUGCCCUGAAGAGGUUAAAGAGGACCGAAGAGGCUGGGGCUCCUGUCCCUGAAAUCUGCACUCUCCGCAUAAAGUCUGAGAGCGGGGAGCAGACGUACAUCGUGAGGAUGCUGUUCACAGAGACCAUAGGGGAACUGCGCCAGCAUCUUGCCCGUGCCAGGGGUGGAGACUCCAGCUCGUAUGAAAUCAUCAGUACCUUUCCCCAGCGGCUGUACGCAGACAACUCCAGGAGCCUGCAGGAAUGCGGCCUGAUCCCCCGUGCCUCCUUGCUGCUGCGGAGAAGAGACCCCCUCCCACGAGAGGGGCAGGGCUGUACGCACCAUAACAGCUCCUAGAGCUGCUGCCCUUGCGCUGUGAGCUGUGUUAUAACCUCCCCCUGGCUGGCAAGAGCAAGAGUUGUCUUUCCAGAUCCAGUUUCAUUGCGCCGUUAGCUGGGACAGAGAGGAGGGCUCCUGCUUUGGCCUCCCUUUGGCACGGGGUGCCACAUGGCAGCCCCAGUCUCCUGCUGCCUUGUGGGUGGGUGUUCUUCCCCAGGCAGUUGGGUUCCUAACACAGGGGAUUUCUGUCAGCUCAGAGACCUGGUUUCUCCCCAGAGAUUUCAUCUGCGUUUACACCGCGAGAGGAACAGGCUCAGUUAUAUGGUCUCGAGCAAUGGCCUUGGGCCACUGCACUGCUGGGACUGAGCCAGACCCAGUGCAGCCAGGAGAUCCUGCGACUGGGUUUCCCGUACGUGAACAGCUUCUUCCCUUGGACAGCCCCCAGCUCCAGAGGGGCUGAGGCUCACAGCUACACCGAACGAGCCUGCCGUGGCCCUGAGCUGCUGGCCUUCCUUCCUCCCAGCCCGCUGCAACAGGACACCGUGUCAUCGGAGAACAUAAUCCCUUCGGUUCUUCUCUGCUGAACCCCGAGAGUAAACCAUCUUCCCCUCCUGCGGGCUGGGGCUGUGCUCUGCAGGCCCCUUUCCCAAGACAUUCUUCCCAUUUCGGCUCCGACAAGUUCCCACUUGACUCCCAGCUGACAACACUCCCACUCGUGCAAGGCAGCACCUUCAGGCAGGUUCCCCUUUAGCAGAGGCCCAGCACAGGCUGCCACCCAGCCCUCAUUAAAGGCUCCCAGCAUUUAUUUAGUUGCAAUUUCCACUUCUGUAAACUUCGAAUUAGCUACGGAAGGAGGCAGGAUCCCCUGAGCACUUCCUGGAACUGCUCUGCCUUCCCCAGGCCCCUCUGGCUGGAGCGUGGCCGUGCACUGCUCAUACGGGAAACGCCACCAGCACGGGCCAGCUGCUUCCACAGGCUCCCUGUGACCAGUGACUCAGUCCCUGCAGCUGUAAAUGAGCUUCCUUCUUUUUCCACCUACAGCACAUACAGGAGCGUACCAGGGACCCUCCUAUAGAGCAGCCUUUUCCACUGCCCCUCUGCUGUGAGCCAGUCUAUAAACCACCAGGGAAUUUUUACGCUACGGGUUUGUUUUUUUUUUCCCAUGGGUCUGUCUGAAGCUGUCCCUCCCCCAUGCUGUCGUUCUUACCCCACGCAGGAGAGGGCUGCUUGAGAGGUACCUGUCACUACUGCACUGCAGGGGAUUCAGACAAGUCCCACGAGCCUUUGAUUAGUGGCAGCAAUCUGAGGUGUUAAGGUCUUUGUGUCAAGCUGAAGCAGCGAGUACAACUGACUCAGCUCCUCCCAGCUGGAACUGACUCAGAAUCGUUAUGGAGGAUGAUGUUUAACCUGUAGUCAAGAUAAAACCAAUUUAAAAGAAACCCACGAGUACCAACACAAAAGGUACAGUAACGUUUAAUAGCAUCUCGGAAGACGACACUGGUUAUAAACUUGCUUUUUGGCAGGAAAACAAAAUGCACUUGGUCCAGGUUGCAAAAAGCCAACUCAAAAAGGAAAGGUAAGACAGCUGGAGCAUCAGCUGUUUCGGAGCAGCCCUGAGCCAUUAAUGCUCACGAGGGAGCCCUUGCACUGCAGCAGAGGGCACCGAGGGAGCAGCACGGGUCCCAGUUUUGGGCCUAUCCAUCCCCCUCACGCAGCCUGCCAAGGGACACGAGCCCUACACCUCAGCCCCAGCCUGCUCCGUGGUGGGCGGUCAGACCCAGCUUCGUGCAGUAUUUCUGCAUUAAAUUAAAAC